AUGGCGUACUACUACGGCGACAUGGCUUAUGAAUCCGGCAUGACACGCAUCGUGGGUGGUGCUGGUGCCCUGCCAGGAGCCUGGCCCUGGAUUGUCAGCAUCCACCACCCAUGGGUUCCAGACCCAGGGCAUCUGUGUGGAGGGUCCCUCAUCAGCACACAGUGGGUCCUCACAGCAGCCCACUGCUUCGACAAGUUUGAUAACAUCAGCCUGCUGUCUGUGGUGAUUGGGGCCACCCAGUUCACUCAGCCGGGCCAUGGGGCACAAAUGCGCAGUGUCAAGCAGUUGCUGGUGCAUGAGUACUACAACCCUAAUGACAUGAGCUAUGACAUUGCUCUUCUGGAAUUGGACCAUCCUGUCAAGUGCAGCCCCUACAUCCAGCUGGCCUGUGUGCCCGACGCCAGACUGAGAGUGUCAGAGCUGCAAAACUGCUGGAUUGCUGGCUGGGGGGCCACUACUGCAAGAUCUCAAGAUGCACCUGAUCUCCUGCAGGAGGCCAAGGUCCAGCUCAUCAAUCUCCAGCUCUGCAACAGCAGUGACUGGUACGGAGGGGAGAUCCACACCCACAACUUGUGUGCUGGUUACCCACAGGGUGGCAUCGACACCUGCCAGCCAGGGCCUGAUGACCAGGACUUAGUACUUAAAUGCCUCACCCCCGAAAGUGUUCAAGGACAGCUUCUAAGCCGAGACAUGCACACUGUGGACAGCUGGGUCUAG